AUGGCCGACGACAGCCUCCCCCCCUCGCUCGACCUGCGCGACCCGGCUGGGAGCAUCGACGCCUCGCGGACGACAGCGACCGCCGACUCGGAGACGAACGAGGGCGAUGCGGGUGCGUCGCUUCACAGCCUGGCCGGACAGCCACCAGCGGCACCAUCGGGCGCGCCCCGACCAGAGGUGCAGAAGCAGGUCGAGGGCGUCCUGUCCUCCGAGAUUGGCAUCGCGACGCUCCUGAACCGCCUCAAGCAGAGCAUCGCGUCGGCCAAGGAAUUCGCCCUCUUCCUCAAGAAGCGCGCCGACCUCGAGGAGCACAAUGCCGCCGGUCUCAAAAAGGUCUGCCGCGCCACCCAGGACAGCAUCCGCCGCCCCGAGCACCGCACCGGCACCUUUUCCCAGGCCUACGAGGAAAUGGUCUACAUCCACGAGCGCAUGGCCGAGAACGGCAGCCACUUUGCCGCCUCGCUCCAGCAGAUGCACGACGACCUGGUCGACGCCGCCACGGCCGCCGAGCGCAGCCGCAAGACGUGGAAGACAAACGGCCUCGCCGCCGAGCAAAAGGUGGCCGACCUCGAGCAGGCCAUGCGCAAGUGCCGGUCCAAGCUCGAAACCCUCGCCGAGGACUAUGAGCGCGUCCGCACCGGCGAGAGCCGCCAGACGGGCAAGGUCCUCAACGCCUUCAAGAACAAGUCGGCCGCCGACCAGGAGAUGGAGCUCAAGAAAAAGGUCGAGCACGCCGACCAGAACUACCGCCAGGCCGUCGAGACGUACCGCGGCGAGAAGCAGCUGCUCGAGACCACCACACGGCCCGACGCCGUCCACCAGAUCCGCAACCACGUCCGCGAGCUCGACGCCGGCCUGGGCCUGCAGAUGCAAAAGUUUGCCGCCUUUAACGAGAAGCUGCUCCUCAGCAACGGACUGAGCGUCAGUCCGCUACGAGGGCCCGGCGGCGACAGCCAUCCGGCCUCGCGCAGCCUGCGGCACGCCGUCCUGUCCAUUGACAAUGAGAGGGACCUGGAUGACUUCCUGGCGGGCCACCACGCGCGCGUCCCUGCACAUGCAGGCGAGGUCAAGUACGAGCGGCACCCUACCCUCGAGCCCCCACCACACUUCCAAGGCGGCCCUCCUCCGCCCGCCCCCGUCGCCAUCCCCCCGCCGUCCUCCUCCUCCUCAGCAGCAGCAGCAGCAGCAGCAACAGCAGCGCCUCCACCGCCUCCCAUGGGCCAGAGCAUGUCGCCAGGCGGCCACGAGCCUCCUCGACCCUUUGCCCAGCCGCCGCCGCACCAGCACCAGCACCAACGCAGCUUCAGCGGCCAGGACGCCCCUCAACUCGGUGCCCUGCCGUUCCAAGGCGGCAGCGGCGGUGCCGGCGUCGGGCAGCAGUCGCCUCCCUUCCACGCCCACGAGCGCCAGGGCAGCAGCAGCGCCGCCGCCGCCGGGGGCACGGGCACACCGACUCCGACCCCCUCGGCCGCCCUCAACCCCGUCUUCGGCGUCCACCUCGCACAUCUCUACGAGCGCGACGGCGUGCCCGUCCCCGCCGUCGUCGAGCAGUGCAUCCGCGCCGUCGACCUCUUUGGCCUCGGCACCGAGGGCAUCUACCGCCAGUCCGGCUCCAUGGCGCACAUUCAGAAGCUGCGCGCCCUCUUUGACCGCGAGCGCCAGAACCCCGCCCUCAACUUCCAGGACCCGGACAACUUCUUCCACGACGUCAACAGCGUCACCGGCCUGCUCAAGCAAUUCUUCCGCGACCUCCCCGACCCCGUCCUCACCGCCGACAACCAUGACGGCCUCGUCGCCGCCGCCAAGCACGACGACGACACGCAGCGUCGCGACUCCAUCCACGCCAUCAUCAACGCCCUCCCGGACCCCAACUACGCCACACUCCGCGCGCUGUGUCUGCACCUCCACCGCGUCGUCGAGAAUGCACACGUCAACCGCAUGAGCUCUCAUAACCUCGCCCUCAUCUUUGGGCCUACCCUCAUGGGGACGGAUCCCGCCAAGGCCAUACAGGAUGCUGGCUGGCAGAUCAAGGUCGUCGACACGUUGCUACAGAACACGUACCAGAUCUUUGAUGAGGACUGA